ACGUCUCCCGGAAAACUUGUUGCAAUGCUGCACUCGCCGAAGCAGCAGUUAGCAGUUAGAAGCUAGCAGUUAGCUCAUAUUGAUCCAGUGUUGAGCAGCAGUCGUAGCGCAGAGACACUCGUGCUCCGUCCACACACCGAUGACAGGCACACUACACGGAUAGGUAGUCCUGUCUCUGUGUGAAGACACCUCCGUGACUCGCGGUGAGUGUAAGGCUAUGGAUCCUGAUCGGCAGAAACGCAGGGAGGAAAUUCAGAAAGCCAUGAGCUUUAUCCAGUCCUCCUUGCCUUUCCCAGAGCCAGAGCGCUAUGAGGCAUUUGUGAUGCAGUUGGUAUGUAACUUGCUCGACGAGGGCAAUUCUUGCUUUCGAGACGGAGACUGUCGUCAAGCCAGCCAGCAGUAUGGAGAAGGGAUCAGUGUUGCCCGCUACGCUCAGGCUGAGGCCCUCGUCAUCCCUCACGAGCUGCUGGAGAGCCUUUAUGUCAACAGGGCGGCUGCCUGCUACCAGACGAGGGAGUACGAGCGUGGUGUUCAGGACUGUGACAGUGCACUGUGUGUGUCAGAAGGCAGUCGCAGGGCUCUGUACCGCAAAGCGAUCUGUCUGAGGGAGUUGGGCCGAAUCCGGGAGGCCUACGAUUGUGGAACUAAAUGUCUACUCACAGCACCACACGACCGGCAGGUAAAUGAUCUGGCUCAAGAUCUGGCCAGUAAACUGGGCCUGAAGGGCCGCAAGGCCUACGUCAGCUCUCAAACGGAGUCCACAGCCACUGAAGGGGAGGGUCAUGGGGAGACUUCCCCACCCACAGGAGAGAUGUCCUCCAAUGGGCUGGAAUCUCUGGGUGACAUGGGACCAGAGGACCUGUCUAACGCGCAGUGCAUCCCUGCUCCUUUGGCCACGCCCAUCCCAGUCAGUGAUGACCCGGCGUCCCCUGAGGUGACCCCAUGCACUGACCUGUCAGAGAGCCCCAGCAGCCAAGGCCUUCCUCCCAUGCCGUACUCCGUUCCUGUGUCGGAGCACAUGGAUGAAUGCAGCAGCAGCGUCAUCAAGGACGAGCUGGACAGUCUGCUGGAGUGCAUCCCCAAGAAAGUCAGUGAGAGUCCAGUCCAGGGUGCUAUCCCCACCAACCUUCCCAAUACGGCAGUGGGUCUCCGGCCGCCGUACUCUCCAAACCUUCCAGCCUUGUCACCCCAGCUUGCCCCAACCUUCUUUAGCUCCUCUAUCAGUGAAAUGCCCCCACUGGAGCCCUACUCGCCGCUAGCCCAGCGGGACCAGGGCUCCACCCAGGCGCAGGACGCACUGGGAGGCUUUCCCACAGGGGCCACGGAUGGAGAAGGGAAGGCAGGAAUCGCUGCUGGCGGACUGGACUCGUUGUCUGAGUAUACUCUUCCUGGGGGACGAAUGUGUCACAGCUUCAUCCCUGGAAUGCGUAACCACAAUGCUGCACAUGCAAACGGUCCAGCAGGAACCAACCUGUCUCUGCUCUCCAGGAAUCCUCUGGCAGUCACACAUGAGUUUCGGCAGGCCUGUCAUGCCUGUUACAGCCGAAUAGGUCCUCGAGUGAUGGACUACAAGUAUCAGCCGGAGGCAGCACACCGCUGUAAAAGGGAUGUGCUUCUGUGCCGCCUUAAAAACACAGAUGACCCAACCUGGAAGAGGAUCCGCCCAAGGCCAGCGCGGAACAACUUCCUGGGGGCCUUUGUACUCUGUAAAGAGGUGCAGGAGCGUCAGGAGUGCCAGUAUGGGGAGAACUGCACGUUUGCUUACUGCCAGGAGGAGAUUGACGUGUGGACCCAGGAGAGGAAGGGUGCGCUGAGCCGAGAGCUGCUGUUCGAUCCGCUGGGCAGCACAGAGAGACGGGCGCUCAGCGUCACCAGACUGCUGCAGCUCCACAUGGGCAUGUUCAUGUUCCUCUGUGAGGAAUGUUUUGACAGUAAGCCUCGCAUCAUCAGCAAGCGCAGCAAAGAAAACUUGUCGGUCUGCUCAAACCUCACAGCUCGACACCCGUUUGACGACAACAAGUGCCUGGUGCACGUGGUGAGGUCAGCCAACGUGCGCUACAGUAAGGUGCGUCCCCUGCACCCCCUCUGCCAGUUUGACGUGUGUCGCCACGAGGUUCGCUACGGCUGCCAGCGUGAGGACAGUUGCUCCUUUGCUCAUUCAGUCAUAGAGCUCAAAUGCUGGGUCCUGCAGCAGGAUACAGGUAUCACCCACGAAGAGAUGGUGCAGGAGUCCAAGAGACAUUGGCAAAGGCUGGAGCAGAAUGCACAGAAGCAGCAGAAGCCCAUCCAUAUCCCACAUCAAAGCAGCAGCAUGACAGCGGGAGGAGUGGGGGGAAUGGGAGGUGGAGGGGGAGAUGGCAUCGGUGGGGGUGGUGUGGGCCCAGUGGGUGGGUUGGGGAUGGGAGGAUUGGGCGCGGGGAUCGGAAGAGGGCGGCCGCUCAACCUGAAAAUGAAGUUUGUGUGCGGCCAGUGCUGGAGAGAAGGACAGGUCAAUGAGCCCGACAAGAACCUCAAGUACUGCACUGCCAAAGCACGGCAUAGCUGGACGAAGGAACGCCGGGUCCUGCUGGUAAAAUCAUUUGAGAAGAAGAAGUGGGUUGUUGUUCGGCCUCUGCCCUUCUCCCGCACCUAUCCACAGCAAUAUGACAUGUGUGUGCAUGUGAUGAAGCAGAAGAAGUGCCACUAUAUUGGGAACUGCUCAUUUGCUCACAGCCUGGAGGAGAGGGACGUCUGGACGUACAUGAAGAACAACAGCUUGAGAGACAUGCAACAGAUGUACGAACUGUGGCUGCAGCUCACCAAUCAGAGUAGACGCACAGAAAGCUCUGUUGUGAACCCGCCCCCGGAGGACAAGCAGGUCACCAUAACAGCGGAUUAUGCAGAAAGCAUGGGAGGCCGGCGGUUGUCAGAUGGGGACGAUCUCUGAGAGUUGCUGUGUCGACUAGAGGCAGCUGAUUGCCGCUGAGCUGCAGACAAAGACAGAGAGACUGGCCGACCACACCAGCUGCAAUUAAACAGUCUACCAUCUUGCCAGUCUGACCUCCUAUAACAUCUAGCCAGCAAUGUCGGAGAAGAUGGACACGCAACUAAAUGGUUGAGCCCCAUAUACACACACACACACACGCACGCAUACAAACACGUCCACACAGCACAUGACUCUCAAAUCACAGGCACCUCUUUAGAAAGCUUUGAGGGAAAAGGACUUUUUGUUUUAGUAUGAAGCUUCAGUUACACUCGGCACCUUUAGGUUCCCCCCCAGCAGAUUAUACUGCAGAAAUUCCACAGACACCUAGUUUUGCUCUGACUAAAAAUAAUAAACUAGUAUUCCCUAGUGCUCUUUGGACUGAGAAUCUGUGUCCACCAGGCGCCACUUUUUUAUUUUUUAUUUUGUUAAAAUCCUCGCAGCACUGAAACAAUUCUUGGGUGGGUGCGCUGGCCGCAGCCCUUAAAUUUAGCUUUGUGAUCAUUUAAAACUGAAAGUUAAACAACAUUUUUUUUUACUUUGGAGUGCUAAGCCCACAAUGCUGUCAAUGGCAGAGACUUAAAAAACUAUGAAAAAUUGUAAAAAUAGAUUCUAAGUGGACGCUCCUCGAUAAGCUGCCCAACAACCAAAACCCACUCUUCUUCCUUCAUGGGAGUAUUACGAGCGGGUCGAAAUAGCUUUCUGGAGAUUACUGAUUUUGAGUCAUAUUUUUUUUCCAUGGGGAGUUGCUCUUCCUUGUUAUAUUGUCUGCCAUAUUGGUAGAACGCUAUGAAUGUAAUGCCUGCAUGGGCCUUUAAAACUAGGAAAUUAGUCAUUUAAAAAUGUUGCAGUGAUUGUGGAAUGUAUGCAAGUAUAUUUUAAUGCCCCAAAACAAACUUGUGUAACAUGACAGCCCACCCUCCCCUCUAUAGAUAUACGAUGGCCUCUUAAUAGCUGGUUAUGUAAUCAAACCAACUUUCCCUGAAUGGGACUAGCACGGAGACGCACACUCAUCAGAUAAUAACCUUGUCGUGGGAGGCAGCCGGUCUCCAGGUGAAUCAAAGCAUAACUGAAUAGCGGCCAUCUCAGGUUCCCAAAAGGGAGGUGGGUGUAGAUUAACUAACCACCUGUGGCUAAUGGCUCAAAUCAAUUGUUGCCAAAGCAACCAAGGGUUUUUCACCAUCAUGUACUGGCAGCCGACAGAGAUGUGAAGCGGGUGUAGGAGGGCGAGAGAGAAGUGACUGCAGCUCCAGCUGCUCUCGGCAUUAGAUCAGUUCAGACCGCAGAUGCCCAUUAAGAAAUAAUGACCUCACUUGGACUGGGUCAAAGUCAAAAUACUGUUGUUAACACAAAGUAUUGUAAUAGUUACUAAAGAAAAAAAAGAUAAUAAUAAUUAAGACGCGUUUCUACAGUUGAUUGUGAGAAUAUUUAAGAUGGUUUGAUAGUAAGGGCAUGUUGCCACUCCUUCAGUUGAAUUGGUGUCAUUAUUUCACAGGAAAAAAAAACAACACAGGCCUUCAGAGGGAAACCAGUGUUCCUCAUAUGCAUCCGUUUGUUAUGUUCCUGAUGGCUAUCCGGAGCUCCUAAUAUUAACCUUUCAUUAUGGGAAACCUGUUAGCCUGAGACAGAGAAACAAUUCUCACCACAUGUUGUGCCUCUAAACAACACAACACACACACACACACACACACACACACACACACACACACACACACACACACACACACACACACAGAGGCAGGAUAUCUGUUGCCAUCUUAUUCUAGCCUUUAAUGUGGAUGGAGACACGAUGGAGAUAUGCCUAUAUUCAGAUACAUAUACACGCAUAUUAUACAUAUUUACAAAUAAUGGUAUACUACUAAUAAUAAUUGAUAACUUAGCGGUUAAGCUUAAUAAAUAUAUAACCUGAAAACCUGUAUUGAUUACAUAGAAGAACUUCUUGUUAUUGAGGUAUUGCUAUAUGACAUGUAUCACUAA